AUGGAUUUUGCAGCUUCUUUCCAUGCCAUCGAUAGCGAGCUGAGGGGGGCGCAUCUUACGCUGCCUGUUAAGUUGGUGGCUGAACUAGGAGGGUCCAAAGCAUUCAUUAUCACUGGGAAAUCGUUGAAUGAGAAGACACCUGUUAUCAAAGAGCUUGAAGGCCUUUUGGCAGACUCACACGCCGGUACAUACGCUGGAGUCCGUCAACAUGCACCCGUCGCGGAUAUUGAAUCGGCUGUAGCACAAAUCAAACAGUCGGCUGCAAACGUCAUUGUAGCUGUUGGGGGAGGAUCACCUAUAGAUGCUGCCAAAGCUGUCUCAUAUCAUAUACAUAAACACACGGGGUCAUGGAUUCCCAUCAUCGCCCUUCCAACCACUCUGAGUGUUGCGGAGAACACGCUGGCUGCGGGAUAUACCAGCGAGGAAGGACAUAAGGUUGCUAUUUUGGACCCUGAGAUGGCCCCCAAAGCAAUCAUCUAUGAUGCCGAUAUCACACUACAUACCCCACCACGACUAUGGCUAAGCUCCGCCGUCCGUGCAAUUGAUCAUGCUGUCGAACUCCAAUAUCACCCUCAGGCAGCUGAAGUGCCCACGAAACGGGUAUGUCGAACUGCUAUCCAGGAAAUAUUCAAGCUUCUUCCAUUGUGCAAGAAGAACCCCCAAGACCCAAAGAUCCGUCAGGAGCUACAAAUAGCCGCAUAUUCUGCCCUUCCUCCAUUCUUCUUCACAGCAGGCAUGGGACUAAGUCAUACGAUCGGGCACGUUAUUGGGGCUACAUAUGCAAUCCCGCAUGGAAUAACAUCAUGCAUAACUCUGGCGAAAACGAUACAUUUCAAAGCUGCCAAUAACCCAGAAGAGGCACGUCAGAUUGCGAAGAUAUUGCCGUUUAUUGGAUUGUCUUGCUCUGGCGAUGAUUCGAAGGAUGCCAACGCCGUCGGGGAUGCUAUUGGCAAGAUGGUAGACAGCCUGGGGCUGAAAUCUACGUUAACCGAAGUAACCAAUACCCUUUUUUUCGGCUUAUUACUGAAGAUCACUUGUAUAACCAAGUAUUGA